UGGAAACCCCUAGCUGCCUCCUCCUCUUUUUCAAUUCUUUUCUUCUCUUCUUUCAACCUUCUUUGAUUUCAAUAAUAGAAAAACAUCUUCUCAAUCUGAUUUCAGUUUUAUUCAUCUAUUUCUUUCCCAAUGUUGUUUGGAGGUAUUAUUUUCAGUAGCAAAAUAUCGUCUGCAAAAUCUAUAUUCCCCGCCACUUUCGGUCGGGCGUUCUUGUGUGCUAAGAAGAGAUUUGCACUGACCUCUUCAUCAAUCAAAAACAUGAUUUUCUUCUGCUCUCAUAUUGAGACGGAUCGCCCUCCUCCUGAACCAUCGUCGUUCCAGGAAGAUGAGAUCAUUUGGAUUUCUUUCUUUUUGUUAGUUGGUGAAACCGGAACAAAUUCUACAGUUGAAUCCUUACCGGUGGCUGGAGAAACCAGGAUGUUUAAGAGUUCUUUUGAUAAUUAUUGUGAUCGUAGCAGGAGCAGUCUAUCUGCAGAUAGAGUCUACUUCUUUGCGGGAUUAGCAAUUCGGCUUUUUCGAUUAGAAUCGUCUGUUUCUAUGUCUCAUCCCAUUGUAGUCUUAAGCUUUAUGAUUGUAAUGUUUCUUAUCAUCUUCAUUAAUAAUAAUUAAGUUAUUUUUUUUCAAAAAAUCUAAGAGAUAAAGUCGAAUAACAACUCCCUCAUGAAGAGGAAGGCUACUUUGCCGGAUAUAUAGUUGGGCUGAUCAUGGGGGGAUUUUAGCAAUAGCUCUAUGUAAACAAAGACACGAUCACUUUUGAUCAAGUAUUCCGAUCAUUACUGUAUUCAAAGACAAAAAAUCAUAUAUUUAUUUUAGUAAUAUUUAUUAUUCAAUUUUCCUUGAUAAAUAGCUCUUGCGCGAUCCCAUCUACAAAAUG